AUGGAAACGAAAAACUCUGUUUUGUCUAAUGAGCUCAAGUGUUUAUACAUUAGAGGGCUGUAUCUAACCGAAAAAAUUAUUCGCAAAUAUUUUUCAGUUACAGAUUUUCAGAUUCAGUGGAUCGAUGAUUUAAGCGCUCUUCUAAAAUUUAAAAAUUCUAACGAUGUUGAAGAAGCUUACUACCAUUAUCUAAGUCUUGGUAGUGUUCUGAAUGCACUUGUGAAACCGAUUUAUGGAACACAAGAAGAAAUUACGAAUAUUUACCUUUCACCUGGUAAAUCACCGUUAUAG